AAAAACCGGCGCACGCUCUACCCUCAAUAUGCAAAUGAAGGAAAUUGUUUUCCUGUUGGUAUGUGAGUGAGAUAGAUAUUCGUUAUAUUGAAAUCAAAUAUGCUAAAGAUAUGCUACAACAAAAAUAAAAUAGGUUAGUACGGUUAGUACAUAUUAUAAUGUUCCCGAGAAGUUAAUUACGUUUGUUAAAGGAAAUUAAUUUGUUCGAAACCAAAUAUACUCGAAUUAUAAGUACGAAAUACGCAGAAUUUCGGUUUAAAUUACGUUAUUUACAAUAGGAAAUACUUAAUUAAAUUAGCGGUUUCAGAUUAAAUUUUAAAACUCGAAAGCUAUUUUUAUACAUUCAGCUUCCUGAAAUAAAAGGAAAAGCGUUAAAAUUUCCAACUCCGAAAGACGAAAACAAAAGCUCAUUGAGUAAACAUUGCGUUGUAAAUUGUUGAUUCAGUGCAUAGUCCAGAGUUCUCCUGUAAACAGCGGCCGUCAAUGUGUCGCAACUUCUCAAAGUUUUCGGAAAUAAUAAACCAUCUGUUAGCUGAUAGUAACUGUCGACCUCGAAGGUCAGCGAAGGCUCUCACGACGAGUUCGAAACGAAGGGGUAGGAAAUGAUUACGUCCGAGUCAGUAACCCGGGCGUGUGUUAUUGAUGGGAGGGCGCGGGUGCGGGCGGCUCGCGAAGUGGGUCAGAGGGGCGCGCAGUCGCGGCACUGCGCCCUCGCUCUCCAGCCAUGGCGGACGCGCCGUGCGAGGUCCUCGAGCUGAACGUCGGCGGCGUGCACUACGCCACGACGCGCGACACGCUGUUGCGCGAGCCGGACUCGCUGCCGGCGGUCGCGCUGCGCGACGCCGACCAUCCGCGCGACGCCCGCGGACGCAUCUUCUUCGACCGCGACGGCGUCCUCUUCAGAUACGUCCUCGACUAUCUCCGAGACGGCGGGCUCGUCUUGCCCGAGUGUUUUCGCGAGCACAAACGCUUAGCGCGCGAAGCCAGGCAUUACAGACUCGUCGGACUAGAAAACGCGGUCCGAGAUGCCGAUCCGCGGCCGCCUAAUCGCGAAAAGGGCUGUAUCACCGUCGGAUACCGCGGGAGCUUCGCCUUCGGGCGCGACGGGCUCGCAGAUGUGAAAUUCCGCAAGUUGUCGCGGAUUCUGGUGUGCGGGAAAGUGACGCUGUGCCGGGACGUUUUCGGCGAGACCCUGAACGAAUCCCGAGACCCCGACCACGGUCUGGCCGACCGGUACACUUCCCGGUUCUUCCUUAAACAUUCGUUCAUCGAGCAGGCGUUUGAUAACUUACAAGAGCAGGGGUUCAAGCUGACGGCCAGCUGCGGGAGCGGCACGGCCGGCGGCGCCGCUGAGCUCAAGCCUGGAGUCGACUCCGAGGAGAAUCGCUGGAACCACUACAACGAAUUUGUGUUCGUACGCGAAUAACUGCCCGGCCGAAUGUGAUACUGAAUUUGCUGAGGCAAAGUUUGGAGUGCAAGACUUCAGUGGCUGAGCCGCUGCAUUUGAAAUGUUCUAAUUGAUAUCAGCUCGCAGGUAACAUAGUAAACAUCGUACCGAAAUUUUAUAUUUCUUUAUCACCUGUGUAUUUUCAACUAAUACUAUAUAAUUUAAGAAAAACUUGCGAAAACUUUUGUCUUCUUAUUUUUUACUCAACGACAAAAUAUUCAACUGUUUCGACAAUUAUUAGGUACGUUUAAUAUCGUACUAGAAAUAUUGAUAUAUUGAAAGAUUAUUAUGAUAAAGACAUGUUUACAUAGAUAUAGGUAGAUAUUUAUGUAGAUAAAUCGAACUUAAAUGUAUUCGUGUAUCAAAUAAGUAAGUAGUUAAAACAUAAAUGUAUUAGAAUAAAUGUAUAAAUAUUAAAUGUAGAAGUUACCUCCUUUUAGAGCUGGUCUUGUUUACUGUAACAAAUUCUAAGUAUUUCUAUCGUAUUAUCUAUUUUAUAAAGGAUUUUUAUUAUACUUAAUGAUUAAUUAAUUAAAUUAACGAUGUAUUUUUGGGAUUGCGUAGGUAAAGCUUUGGAAUCUACACAUUCUCAGUACCUAACUAAUGUUAAAUUCUUAAACAUUUUAUCUUGUUUUCUUAGUUGUACACUUUCAAAUGUAUCUUUUAAAAAAUUAAUAUAAAUAAACUGUAACGAUUUAGUUAAAUUUUCAUAGAUAUAUAUAUUUUUAUCUUUACAAUAAUACAUUUUAUGUACGUUAAUAUUGUAUUCAGACUUCAGCUGAAUUUAAAAUGUUUUACAAAUUUUAUCUACGGGUCAACUGUUAUUGUUUUAUUCAAAUUUUAUUAAACUGGUCCUUGUAUUGUAUCUUUGGAAUGAUGGGAAACUUUUUCUGGAGUUUUGCCAUUAAGUCGUACUCUAUAUAAAUUUAAUGCAUAAUGAACGUUUUGAUUUCACCAUUGACUUAUAAUAGUACUUAGUCUAAGGAUUUCAUAAAUUAUGUACCUACGUAUUUUGAACGAGGUGAAUAUUUAGCCAAGAAUUCCGUUUUUAAGGCUUCGUAACUGACGGGUUUCAACGGAACCCUAUUAUUAAGCCUCCGCUGUCUGUCUGUCAGCGGGCUGUAUCUCAUGAACCGUAAUAGGUGGAGUUGAAAUUUUUACCCAAUGCGUAUUUCUGUUACCACUGUAACAAUAAAUAAUAAAAACCCAAGAUGGCGAAUUUCAAAAUAGUUCGUGUGCGAAUCCUAACCGCACUUGACCGGGUUUUUAUACAGCCACCGGCAAUUGGAGUUAGAAACUUAUAACUCCGAUUGUACUUUCAAGGGCUCGAGAGUCAGUAGAAAUGAAGAGGUUGAUAAAACGUUAUUAGCUAAUACAGUUCUCGCAUUGCCGGAUUUUAGCGUUCAGGUACGAUACCAUGUAGAAACCAAAGGAGUUCUUAUGGGUUUAAUGAAAAUUGCCAUAUCCCUUCCAGGUUAGCCUGCUUCCAUCUUAGACUACAUCAUCGCUUACCACCAGGGGAGAUUGCUCAAGGGCUAAUUUGGGUCUGAAUAAAAA